AUGGAUAAUAAUGACAUUGAACAUUUAAUUACUUUGACAGGUGAACAGUUUUAUCAACAUAUAGAAGAGAUAUAUGGAAAACUAGUCAUGAAAAUUUUACGAUAUCACGAUGUGGAUAGUUACAAAGUUUUAAAUCAAGUUAGUCAACAGGAACUGAUUGAAUUAUUUGAAAAAUCUGAUGAUGAAAAUUGUACCGAUGAAUUAAUGAACUUGAAAAAAGAAAUCUGCACCAUAUCCCAGUAUUCCACAUCAUUAAAAGUUGGAACACGGAAAAAACUCAUCUCAUUAUUAAAAUCAACUCAAAAUAUUAUUAAGAAAAAAAGAUUUCAAUUACGUUCUGAAGCAAGAUUGAGUCGAGUCGAUCAAUAUCGAUCGACGUCACCAUCAACCGAUGACAACAAUAUUGCCAUUGAUAAUAAUUUUGAAAAAUAUCAAAAAUCAAUCGAAGAAUCUAUCGAUAAAUUAUUGAUCAAAAUGGAUAGAAACAUUCAUGGUUCUGUAUUUACAAAUGUAUCAGUGAAAAACUUUCAAAUUUUUGUGGACCAUAACAACGAAUUAGUUACACCAACUUGUUCCAUACAAUGUGUUUGUAGUGAUCGUAUUAAAUUGUACUACAAAAGCCAACAUUUUCAAUUAUCAAAUUUAAUAAAACAUCUAAAUUCCAAUAGAAAAAAUCAAAUACCUAGUGCCGGUAGUGAAGAUGAAGAAUUAGGAGAACCACAGCUACCAAGUGGUAGUCAAUGUUCAAAAAAAGAAAGUACUCGAUCAAUCAAUAACACUAGUUUAGAUAUAUCUACAUUUGAUGAUACUAUCGAUGAUGAUACACCAACACCAAUAAGACCGAAAAAAAUACAAAGUGGAAAUUCUGGUGUAGUUCCGAAAAGUAAUCGUUAUGGUAAUGCAACUGUUGGUUCAUCAAAAAAUCGUCAACAACGACAAACCACAAAUUUCCCAUCCAAUUAUCGAUAUAUAAAAUCAUUACAUCAACAAAUUUUAUGGGGUAAAUUCGAUCCUUCUGAUAUUUUAUCUGUAUUACUUGAAACAAUUCACUUGAAUUCAAAUGGAACACCGAACAAUUAUCGAUAUGAAAAUGCUGUUUUAAGAUUUGCUGCCUGCAUCCUUAUACUUGCUGGUGCUUAUGUGUACCAAUUUCUUCGACUUAACUUCAAGUAUCUUUUACCAUCAAUUCAAACAGUCAACACUGUUUAUAAAGAAAAUCCAUAUCGUGAAGCUCAAUUUCGAUUUAAUGAAUCAAAGAUUUACCUUGAUUCCAUGGAUUGUCAAUAUGUUUUCUUAUCCGAGGACUGUUCAGGGAUUAUCCCAAGAGUUGAAUACGACUCAACUUUUAAUUGUUUUAAUGGAUUUGUUACACCGAUUAUAAAAGGCAAACCAAUCGAAAAUGCUUUUAUUUGUCAAUCAUUCGAAGAAUUACAAGAUUUAUUUGAUAAUCAUUCACGUUCUAAUCUCGUAAAUGUACAUGCACUUCAGCCAAUAUCGAAUACUAAUUGUUUUAAACCAUCAGCAACAGUGCUUGCUGCCUAUGGCACUGAUUGUAAAAUUUCGUCUAUCGAUAUAAUGCAACGAUGGCUAAUGAUGUACUUCGAAUUACGUUCAAGAAAUAUUUUUGUCUUAGGCGUAUCCACAGAUGGAGACCCGAAAUACCUCCGCGCUAUGCGGUUGGCUUAUAACUUUUUCGUAAAAGAUCGAACAAUACAUAUUUAUAAUGACAAAUUAUCAUUCACAAUUGAUAUACCAUUUGCUUGGUGUUCAUGGUAUUUUCUUCAUCCUACUCAAUUGUUUCUGUUCUUACAAGAUGGAAUACAUCUUUGUAAUAAGAUGCGUAAUCGUCUUUUGUCUCCAAAAGUUUGUCUUCAUACAGGAUCAUUUAAAAUAACAGUCGAACAUUUAUAUCAAUUAAUUGAAUCAACCAAUAAGGUUGAUAGUAAUUUAUCUAAAUCUGAUUUAAGAGUAAAAGAUAAACAAAAUUUUACAUCUUGUCAAAAAAUUUGCGACGAAAAGGUGUUGAAUUUGUUAUCAUCAAAUGAAGAUUAUAUUGGAACUUUUAAUUAUUUAUUGCUUAUCAAUUUAUUAAUCAAAACUUAUACUCAAUCUGAAAUUUCUUUAUCAACUAGAAUCUAUUAUGCAUGGACAGUAGUGUUCUUCAUUAGAUUGUGGCGAUUGUGGUUAUAUAAAACAAAGAAAAUUUGUAAAUCAUUUGUUCACAAUAAUGAUCGUAAUAGUCGAAAUUAUUUUAUUACAUCCAAUUCUUUAAUGUCAAUAGAACUGAAUGCUCACACUUUAAUAUUUAUAUCUUUAUUGAUCAAUCAAAAACUCAUUCCUAAAUCAAUUUCGAAUUCAAUACAUUUGUUCUCAUCUCAGCCGUGUGAAGCCAUUUUUCGAGAUGCACGUGCUCUGUCAGGUGUAUAUUCUACGAGAAUCAACUUUACUAUAAAACAAUUUUUACAAAGAAUCAAUAAAUUAAAUGCAUUAACGGAAAUAAAACAGUUCGAAUCAAAUAAUAAAAAAGCAAAGAUUGUCUUUCCUGUUCAUCACAAGAUCAAGCGUAUAAAUGAAUACAAUGAAUCUAAUAAUAUCACUGAAGAUACUGAUUUUAGUUCGGAACACAUCGAAGAAAUUAUUCUUCGUGCUUAUGAAACAGCACAAGAGAUGGUCGAAUCUGUAGGAAUGCAUAAAAAUUUGAUCAAGUAUAAACUUUACAACAUAGAAGAAUCAUCGAAAAUGGCAAAAGAUUUAUUACAAAUGAAUACAUUAACUGAAUCUGAAAUUCUUCUUCUUGAUGGUCGUGAUGAUGAAUGCAGCGAUGAAGAAGAUGCAUUCAUCGCAGAAGAAGAAGAAAAAGAAGAAAAAGAAGCAGAAGAAGAAGAAGAAGAAAAAGAAAAAGAAAAAGAAGAAAAAGAAGAAGGAGAUGUUGAAGAUGAUAAUAAUGAAUCUCAAUAUAUUCAGAUAGUCAAUGGUAAUGAUGAAGAUGGUAUUGAGGAUUCAAUUGGAAUUGCUUAUAAUGAUUAUCCAUCGGAAGAUGAUCGACCAUCAACAUCUACUUUCGAAAAUGUACAAUCUACAUCAUAUUCAGGUGUUUAUGAAAAACAUUAG